AUGUCUCACCUCAUCUCUCUGACAUUCGUUCUAGAAACCCUGAUUUAUACACCCCCCGACGACGAAUAUGACGAGGACGAGAACUUUCAGGUCAUAGGCGAAACCGACCCCACUGAACAGUCUGACUCUGGCAAUUCUGAGGGUGUACCCAUACGCAUAUUAACAGAUUUCGCCAUAUACGAGAGCGCAAAACGACAGCUAGUGCCUAUUGCUGAGCUACUUAACGUUAAUCUUGCGGUGAACAACAAGAUGUACCGUGCCUCGGGUUAUGUGAAAUCCCAUAUGGAUGACGAUGAAUACUAUGAUAAUGACUACGACGAUGAGGAUAAUGGGAAUGGUAUGUCUAACGAUGAGGAUUGCCUCCAACGGAUUCGUUUGACAGAGAUCCGGAAGUUCACGAUUCACGACAUACGACAGCGCUCUAGAGAACUCGACUCUAAAGAACUCGAUGAUAAUUUUUAUAUCCUAACAAAACAUGCUUGGUAUAUUCUCGACCUUCCUUCACAACAAUAUGCUCCCUUCUUUCAUGGCUUGUGGCUCAGGCAUCGAGUCGCCCAUCUCCUCGUGUCUAUGUCCCUGGCCAGCCCACGGUUGACUUAUGAAGAUUUUAUUUCUGCCCUUCACAUAACUCCUGACUCGCCCGAUGAAGUUUCUGUUGCAUUAACCAUCAUCGGGCGUGAGCUCAAUGAGAAUGACAUACAAUCUGCUGACAUUAAAUCCUAUGUUUUUGCAACACUUGACGAGCUUCGUGAUGACAAAAUCUACGUUGCGCGCACUCCGGUAGUGAAGGACAUUGUUGGCCAAGAAAUGUCUUAUCACUUGAUGGAAGCAACUGCUCCCGCCUCCCGUUCGCGUACCCAGCGUCCGCCCCAGAGUCGUUUGUCGAGUUCCGGUAAUAUCGAGAAAGAAGUUCUUAAGCACAGGAACAAAACCGUCACAACACCUGUCGUCGGUAGGGUCGCACAACGAUUAUUCGAAAAUAUUAAGGUUGCCGGAAAACUCAUGGACGAUGACAUGCAUUUAUUAGACGACGCGCCACGACAUCCCUCGAUAAUACAUGCCACCAACCCGAACUCUGUGCAGUGGCUGGACCCUGUGGAUGACCAUCCCAGCUUUUAUGGCUCCGUUCUCGUGGACGAAGUUAAGUAUUCAGUCGGAGAUGCUGUCAUGGUCGUACCUGGAGAAGACGAGGAUACUGCUCGUGCGAAAUCCUACAAGUACCAGCCCUCCCAGUCGACGAACAAACUCGCAAACGACUAUUGGUUUUGCGUGAUUCGGUACUUCUUCGAAGACGAAGGCGUCAAGAAGUUCCACGCGCAAUGGUAUACACACAGCUCAAAGACCCUCCUCCAAGAAGCGGGACAUCCACAUGCGCUUUAUCUGAUGCUCUCCGAAUGCAGCGACGUUGAGAUUGACGCCAUCUCACAAAAAUGUAAUAUUCGUGAACUGCCAAUGGACAGUUUCCAGCCAGACGAGUCAACUCUCGAUGACGACAAUGAUUUUCACUCUGGACUUAUGUUCAACAGCCUCGAGUCUAGUUUCGUUCGGCUUUCAGACUUGGAAACUCAAACACUUCUCACCUUUUGCGACGACCAUAAACAGUGCCUCGCCUGCGGUCACAAGCAGCGUGCAUCAAAUUUCACUGAUUCACGAGCCCUUCGAGAUGGAUUCUCCCAUAAUGAUGUCAACUAUCAUAAGGGUGACUUCACGUAUAUUUCAACGGGCCAUAAUAGUGUCUAUCAAAUUGGUCAGAUCGAGGACUUCAAAAUUAAAAAGGGCAGGUGCAUUGAAGUCAUCACUCGAUUCUUUGGGCGCUACAAUGACAUUGCCCGGGAAAUCGGCCGUGGCAUUGAUAAACCAAAAGGAGCCAUUUCUGACGACCGGCGCUUGUUCCAUGCACAGAGCCGGGGGAAAACAAGGCCUGAUGAUAUUCGUGGACAAUGUUUCGUCAUUUAUGAAACAGAUGAUAUCGCUAUCGAUGCAUGGGUCGCUCACGACGAUCACUACUACGUGAACGAGUGUGCUGAUUCCCUCGACAUUCAGCACAAAGCUAAUCUAGUACGCCGGGCUCAGCAAUUGCAGAGGUUCGGCCCGCUUCGAGGGCUGGAACUUUUUGCUGGUGCGGGUGGCCUCGGAACUGGAUUGGACAUGUCCGGCUUUGUGGAGACAAGAUAUGCAGUUGAGUUUUCUCCAGGAGCAGCAAGGACUUACAAGCAAAAUCACCCUAAUGUGACGGUGUACAAUCAAUGCACGAACAUGUGCCUCCAGCACGCUAUUGAUGCCGCAGAUGGGAAGAAUCCCGGCCCUCUCCAAGCUCUAGGGGAUAAGAAGCGCCUACCCUCAAUGCCUAAGCCGGGUGAAGUUGAUUUUAUCUAUGGCGGUCCGCCAUGUCAGUCCUUCUCAAAGAUGAAUCAUGCGAAGAGAGAUGACGACAUACGGUCUACGCUUGUCUGCAACAUGAUCGCAUACGUAGAGUUUUACCGGCCGAUGUACUUCCUCUUGGAGAAUGUUGGCGGAAUCCUGGAGCAUGCAUUGAAGGAAAAAACUGUCGCUUCCGGCGUCGUCAAAUUCAUCAUCGCUGCCCUCCUUGCCUUAAACUACCAGAUCGAAUAUAAUGUUCUUCAUGCAGCAAACUAUGGCGCGCCUCAAGCACGCAAGAGGGUCCUGUUUGUAGCGGCCAGGCAAGGAGUUCCCCUGCCCGAUUUCCCAAUCCCGACACAUGUCUUUCCGCACGCAAGGGUACAGCGCGUUAAAUUGCCUACUGGAGCAUACUUAGCACCUAUUUCGCGCUUGAAGUAUGGCGACAACAACACUGACCUUUCUGCUCCGCUGCGUUUUGUCACGAUUCAUGAAGCUAUUGGUGAUUUGCCUCCAUUCGACUGGGUCAACCCACACAAGAAAAUCUCGAAGACUGCUGCUGACAGAGCGGUGGAGCGCAAGCGUAAAGACGAUCUUGGGAUCCCAUCUUUUUCAGCGUUGCAUUCUGCAAGAACUUCCAAUGACCCGUACGCUGGCUACUCGAAGCCAUGUCAAUAUCCUAGUGGGCCACUAUCCCGUUACCAGAAGCUCAUGCGACAAGGGAGCGAAGAGCUUCAAUACCAUUAUACCAAACGCUUCAACGAUAUCAUCAUUGAACGAACUGUAAACGUGCCUCUAAGAGCAGGAGCUAAUCAUUUCGGUAAGCCAAUCUACAUAAUUGCUGGCUGGGUAGAAUUCACUGCGAAGGCCAUAGACCUGCCAAAGGAGCUGCACACUGGACUCUCGAGGCGCGAGAACGCUAGGACGAAAUACAAAGGCGAGACGCGAUACAUUCCCGUCUAUCAGCGGCUGGAUGCAGACAUGUACUUCUCGACUGCACUGACCACAGUACUACCAAAUAAUAAGGGGGGUCAAGUACUGCAUCCUUCGCAAAAACGCAUCCUUACGGUCCGCGAAUGUGCACGUGCACAAGGAUUCCCAGAUCACUACGAAUUCGUCUCGGUGAACAGGGACAAGGCGGCAAAGGCUAUCGAUGAUCAAUUCAGGCAGAUUGGUAAUGCGGUACCUACAUCGCUGGCUCUGGCUCUCGGGAAGGCUUUUGGAGCGGCGAUGUUCAAAAUGUGGGAUGCAGAGCCUAGCAGAGAUGCGAGCCCGAUUCUAUGA